AUGCCCUCUAUCAAAGUGAAAUCGAACUCCGGCAGCCUAACUUACAACUACACCAUUUCGACACCAACAUCACCCAAUGCUAAAUCUAUUGACCCGACAUUGCCUACCGUUUUAUUUCUCCACCCUGUCUACAUUGGCAUAGACAUCUUUCAAAUGCAGUUUGGGGAUCGCACUCUUCGGAAGUUUAACCUCGUUGCAAUGGAUCUACGGGGGCACGGGGAAACCGGUGGUAGCGCUCCGAAGCAUUAUGGGCAGGAUGACGCGGCAGCAGACAUUGUGAAAUUCAUGGAAGCACUACGGCUACCACCGUGCCACAUUUUCGCACUUUCGAUGGGAACCAUUAUCGCGCUUCAAGUCGCCAUUUCCUAUCCGGAGAAAGUUCUUUCUUUGUUCCUCGUAUCUGCUUUGGGCCUUGAAGAGCCUGCAGAUGUCGCUCAGGGCAGACAAGAAAUUGCUGAUUGUUGGAGCGAAGGUUUCAAAGGUUCAACGGUCGAUGAAGCGGCGCUCUACGACGCAAUAUAUGGCGCUCUUCAACUCGGUUUCAACAGCGAACAGUCCUCCAUGGUCAGAGCUUUGGUUAAGCGUACAUUACCGCAAGCCAUGACCAAUUGGGGCGCAAAGAGACUAGACGUCUACAGCACACUCACCGUCAAUUUCUUCACGGAACGAAAGGCUCAUUUUCUGGAAAACCUGUCAAAAAUUGUUGCCCCGCUUUCAGAGGAAUUUCUGAAGAACCUUCAAGAUGCUAGGGUAAACGCUUCUCUUGAUAAAAUCGAAGGUGCCUGUCAUUUUGGUUGCGUUACGCAUUCGGAACAAGUCAAUCCCCUUUUUGUUGAUUUCGUUUUGGAAUACACGACGGGCCAGAUACCUCCGACGCCAUCAUCUGUGAUUUCACCCUUUGAGGCGGGUUUGAUUAAAGCUGGGUGGACAAACGAUGACUCAGAUGAUGAAUAAAAAAUAAUAGUGGUGUAUAGCUUCAACUUUACCUCCUUUCAUUGGGAAUUUGUUGAGAACUUUAUAUGUACUAUAUGUACUAUUAGAAAUGCAAUGUAGAAUAUAGAACUCGUCAAACGUG